UUUUGUAAUUUUUGUCUUCUCCCACGCACACACGCGUGCACAUACAUUGGGCCUCCUAAUGGUAACCCGAGGCCUCUGUCUCUUUCUCUCUUGUCUCUCUCUCUUUGUUUUUUUUUUUUCCUCCCUCUUUCCAUUUCUUUCUUUUUCUUGCUUUCUGUCUCUCUCUCACUCUCUUGUUGGCUGCAUACUGUAUGUUUCGUGGUGGUUCUGUUGUCAUGGUGAACUCACAGAAAGCUUGUGGAAGUUUUUAUGUUGAUGUAUUGCUUCUGUUUUUUUUUUUUUUUCUUUUUCUUCUUCUUCUUCUUCUAAUCAUUCGUUUGCUCCUAGUCGUUUGUGUAUUAAUCUCUCUCUCCGAUGCGGCUUAUAUAUGUAUGUACAUGCCAUGAUGUAUCUGCACAUAUAUAACCGUGCGUCUCCCUUUUCCCUUACUCUGAGACUGAAGGUGAAUCAGUCGACUCAGAGGGUUUUUAUUUUCACUACAGUUUGUGUGCUGGCUGUUUUUUUUUUUGUUUGUUUGUUUGUUUUUGUUUGUUUUUGUUUGUUUUUAAAAGUCCACUGUUUGGUGAAUGAAGAAUGCAUCAUUUACUGUGUAGAGUAGGCCGUAGGCUUUAGCGAGCACUUUUUUUUUUUUUUUUUUUUUUUUUUUUAAGUUUUGCAGAGAGCCUUCUUGUAACGGUACUUGAACUUGUCCUUUUACUCGUUCUCUCGUUCCUUGUUCCACGUCUUCAACUUCUUUCGUUUCUCUGACAAGGAGUUCUGACUUUAAAGAGUUAGAUUAUGAUCAUGAUGAUGAUGAUGAGGAGAGUAAAGAUUUUCCUAAAGUAGAAUUGCUGCCAUGUGUGCUUGUGUCAAGUGUGUGUGAGAGAAAGAAUGUGAGGGUGUGAGAAGCGUUUCUUAUUAUUGGAAUAUUUUGGUUUUUCUUCCCUUUUUUUUUCCUCCCACUAGGAUAACAUUGGCCAUCGGCUACUCCAGAAACAUGGCUGGAAGCUGGGACAAGGCCUUGGGAAAACGAUGCAGGCGUUAUGAUCCUGGCCAUGUUGUGCUGAUGGUAAACUUAGUGGACGCACGGACCCUGUACCCAUCAUCGUCAAAUAUGAUGUCAUGGGGAUGGGACGCAUGGAAAUGGAGGAUUACGCAGAGAAAGAGAAAGCCAUUGCCAAGGCGUUGGAAGACCUGAGAGCUAACUUUUACUGCGAGUUAUGUGACAAGCAGUAUCAGAAACACCAGGAGUUUGACAAUCACAUCAACUCUUACGACCAUGCGCACAAACAGAGGCUGAAAGAGCUGAAGCAGAGGGAAUUUGCCCGGAACGUGUCUUCACGUUCCCGCAAGGGUGGAAGAAAGCAGGAGAAGAUGCUGCGGCGUAUAUACGAGCUGGCGGAGCAGAGGAAGCAGCAGGACUGUGUUGCUGGUAGCGGACCAAUGUUCAAGCAAACCACCGUGGCAGUCGAUGGAGAAGAAGGUGGCUUCUCAAGCAUUGAUGGUGUCCCUAUGACCUCAGAUGUUGUGACGGAGGAUUCUUCAGGAGAGGAUAAGGGAAAUUCUGGUAGUUUUGGUCAAAGCUCCCCAAAACCGGGACCGACUAUCAGUUUCUCCCUUCGCAAGAACACUUCCUCACCCACACCAAGUGGAGGAUCCCACGCCCCCAAAGUGAGCGUGUCCUUCUCCUUUGCUAAGAAAGCACCUGUUAAACUAGAGACUGCUGCUGCUGUGUUUGCAGACCAUGGAGAGGAAGCGAUGGAAGGAGAAGAGGGCCAGGAAGAAGCAGUUGAAAAGAUGGUAGGGGAGGAAGAAGGUACAGCAUCCAGCACUGACAGCACACAGAGCACAUCAGGUGGCAUGAGUGGAGGGGAUGAUCAGCCACAGUCUGAUGAUGGGGGAACCCUGGCUUCCACCCUUAACAAGCUUAAGAUGAUGAUGAAGAAGGAGGAAGGUUACUCUGGGCAGGAACCGCAAUAUUAUCACUAUAUGCCUCCUGCACACUGUCGGGUAAAACCUCAUUUCCAGUUUCUGCUCUUCAUGAAGGCCUCUGACCAGUGUGCUAGUCGGGAGGAAGAAGAGGAUGGGGAGGAAGAGCAGAAAGCAGUUCAAGCGGAAGGAGAACCGGGACAGAAAGAGUCUAAAGACGAUGAUUGCAAAUCAGAUAAGGACACUGUGAAAGAUCCUGUAAAGGAGCCAAGUACAGAUUUGACUUCAUCGCCCAAAGCAGAAACCGAAGUAGUAUCAGAUAGCACCCCAGCAAUAGAGAGCAAUGCAGAUUCCUCAAGCACUGUUUCCCAAUCGACUGAAGCUAAGCAAGGGUCAUCUGAACCUCAAGACUCUGGCCCUCGCAUACCAACAGGACCCUUUUUUCCUGUUUUGAGUAAGGAUGAGAGCACUAACUUACAGUGGCCCUCUGAACUCCUGGAGUUCACUAAGGCCCAGCCUUCGCUAUCCUACAGUUGCAAUCCUCUUUAUUUUGAUUUUAAGCUGUCCCGGAAUAAAGGUAACAGAGGGGGUAAGGCAAACAAAGCUGGUAAACCAGGUAAUGCUGAUGGUGGAGAGGGAUCAAAGCCAGAAGAUACGACUGGCAAUGCAGCCACAAGUAAAGAAACUAGCACAGUACCACCAACACCACCAGUUGUCAACACUGACAAAAAAGAUGACUGUUCCUUAAAGGAAAAGACUGCAGAGGAUGAGAACAAAGAAAAGAAGCUAGAAAACUCUGAAGAUGGAGUUGGAGGAUCCAAGAAGAAGAAGAAGAAGAAGAAGAAACACAAGAAGUCAAGCAAGAGAACCAAACGAAAAGACAAAGAGAAAGUGGAGGGGGAGAUGGAGACGGAGACUCCAGGGGAGAAGACCAAAAAGAAAAAGAAACACAAACGAAAGAAAAACAAAAAUAAAGUACGUGCUGAGGAAGACGAGAAAGCAGGAGAAAGUAAAGAACAGAAAGACACAGAUGACAAAGGCGGAACCAAUUCCUCUGCACAGCCUACAGGAGGGACUUUGACGUCAGAUGGAGGAAAGAGAAAACGGCUCCAUAAAGAAAUUUCGCAAAGGACAGUCCCUCAGGAGGCCAGCACAGGAAAGCCCAACUCUUCAGAAGAGCACAGUGGUACAAAACGUUCCAAACCUGACCCGAGCACAUCAGUGGCGUCUUGCUCUGCUUCUGCCCAGAAAAGCCCUGUGGGUGGUCGACCGCCAACGAGUGAAAGUGACGAAGACGGCGGCUCAGCAUCUCAGCGCUCACGCCGUCCUCACCGUCACACUACCCCUCCACGUGAACGGCGUCACCACAGCGAGGACUCUGGACAGUCAGGUCGCUCACGUAGUCGUUCCUCGCGCAGAGGAGAUCGUAAUCAUCGGCGUACUAGAGGUCAAACAUCUCGUAGUCGGUCAUAUUCAAGUAGCUCUGAGCGGUCCUCGGCCGGAAGCAGUGCUUACAGUCGCCGCAGCCACAGCUACUCGGACAGCUAUAGUGACUACAGCGAUGGAGAGCAUCACCGCAGGAGAAAAAGACGGUCUUCAGACUCUGAAUAUGAGAGGAGAGGUGGUGGGCGGUCACACAGACGGCAUUACUCCUCCUCGUCUUCAGAAGAAGAGUCUCGUUCGCGUUCACGCUCUCGCAGCAGCAGAAAGCACCAUAGACGGAGGCGUCAACGCAGCAGCAGCCGCAGUUACAGUCGUAGCAGCAGGAGCAGCAGUGCGCGCUCAUACCGACACAGCAGCUACAGCCGCAGUCGCAGCUCUGCCAGUCGCUCGUCCAGCUCCACCAAAGGCUCGACUCACCGGCAUGGUCACAACCGACGGGCUGACAGUUCUUCAAAUCGACGCGAUUUUAAUCGCUCUCGUAUCUACCGAUCACAGUCUCCGAGGUCUUCCUCGUCCCGUGCGCAGCCACGGAGCAGCAACUCGACACAAGCAACUAAAGGAAGUGGAGGAGGAGGAGGAACUUCAGAGCAUCGGAACUCACUCACAGCACGACAGCUUCUCGAAAAAGUCCAGUCUCGGAAGGGCGGUGAAGAUUCUGGAACUGGAAGCAAACCAGGCACCAAAAUUAAGGACCCUCCACAGGGCUACUUCGGGCCCAGACUCCCCCCUGUACUUGGAAACAAGAAUAUGUUGCCCCUGUUUGGUAAGCUGCAAGCAGGGAAGAAACCUCCAUUACUUUCUGUACUGCGAACGGAUGAUGGAGAAAAGUCAGGGUUCGGAAAGGGUUCUGAUCCAAGUAAUGAGGUGAUUCUUGUAGAGCCCAUCCGCGAGUUUCCUCCUCCACCCCCACCACCACCUCCACCAGUCCAACAACAACAACAACAACAACAACAACAACAACAGCAGCAGCAGCAGCAGCAGCAACAGGUGGAGGAGCCUAUCUCAAAUACUGUGGUCUCAGAUGAGUCCAGAAUCCAACCCUCAGAACCCCACGUUCUCCAUGAAUCACGGUCAAUGUUUGAGCAGGAUUCAGCUAAGGUUAUGCCUGCAUACCAAAGUGAGACUGGACAAGACCCCAACAACCCAAUGAUGGAUGGAUGUAUUCUUGGAUCUGACAUGGGCCAGCAAACAGCCAUGCACGCCUAUGCAGGCUACUCAAUGCCCAAUAUGGAGGAGGAGGAAAUGGGCAUGGAGGCUGAAGAGGAUGGCUUGGCACCACUGGAGAGCCAGCCAAUCACAUUUACCCCAGAGGAGAUGGAGAAAUACAGUAAGCUACAACAAGCAGCACAGCAGCACAUCCAGCAGCAGCUUCUAGCAAAACAAGUGAAGGCUUUCCCGUCAGCUGCGGCUGCUGCAGCAGCAGCCAACUUAGCAGCUGCUGCCAGCCUUGCCCCUGCGCCACCUCCACCACCUGCUGCUCUACAACCAAUCCACAUACAGCAGCCUGCCGUGUCUGCUUCGGCCACAUCCAUUACAACGGUGCAACAUGCUAUACUGCAGCAUCAUGCAGCUGCCACGGCAAUGGGCAUCCACCAUCACACUCCACACCACGCCCAUCCUGCUCAUGCUCAGCUCGCCCAAGUACACCAUAUACCCCAACACCAUUUUACCCCUAUUUCUUUGUCACCUUUGGGCCAUACAUUAGGCCACACUUUAGGCCACUCAUUAGGGCACACCGGCCUGAUCCCAGCCCACCAUUCUGCUUUUCUCCACGGGCAGCCAAUCCACAUAAUCCCAGCAUCUGCGCUCCACCAUGCCCCAUUAGCUUUGCAUCACGUCCAUCAUGCAGCCCUUUACCCUACUCUCUUUGCACCACGUCCAGCCUCCGCAGCUGCAGCAGCAGCUCUGCAGCUGCACCCUCUUCUUCACCCUAUUUUCUCAGGGCAAGACCUUCAGCACCCUCCUAACCAUGGCUCCUGAGACGAAGCCUGUUCUUUCUCUACAAAGAGUACAAAAAGUCCUUCUGUAAGGAGUGUGAGAGGGUAGCCUUGCUUCUGGGCAUCAGCCCUCUUUCCAUCAAUGGUUGCCUCUCAAAUGUAACAUCAGUCGGACAGGUCAAAGGACAGUAGAAAAAUAAAUUGGAGGAAAUCCUGGCUUCUUUAUAAUGAAAAAUGUGAAAAACAAACAGUUAUGACAAAGAAAAGCUGGGUAACAUGCUCCCAAAAACCAAAUAGUUUCCCCAACAAUUACAUAUUUGAGGAUUUCUUACUAGAUUUUUUCUAGUCUCUUUUUAAUCAGCUGUUAAGCCCAUCACUGGAGAAUUCAAUUGUGUUUUGGUAAUAGUCUGUUAAACUACAAAUUGUUUUGAUGUUCUAUAAUUAACCCUGCAGCCAGACAGACUUACCGUGGACAGUAAUGGUGCAGGCAUAUAUCAAAAAUAAUCAAGAAUUAUUGUAAAAAUAUUUUCUCCUCCAAGUGAAGAACCAAAACAAGAACAAGGAUUACAUGAGAGGGAUUGAAGCCAUAUUCCGUAAUUAAUGCAACGUUAAACGGUUUGUGAUGAAAAUGAAGAAAAACCGAACACAACCGAGGCGCUUAACAGAACCUCGAUGUCGGAUGAUGUCGGCGUUCAUUCUGUUACACUGUCAUGGGUUGCCCCUAUGCUCUGAUGGACCGAAGUUGCACUGAAACAUGGAUGUCGAGAUGCUGCUUUUGCAUCAUAUAAGAACUGUUUUGAUUGUAGUAUUCUGCAAUAAUUUUAUUUUUUAUUUGAUUUUAAAUUAUUUUCCAGGUUGUUGUUUUGUUUUUUUGAGCUUUUGUGUAAUUAAUUCUUUGUAAAUAGUCAUCAAAGUAUUGUAAAAUAAAGACGCCUUUGUAACUGUUUAAAAUUAGUACAAAAAAAAAAAAGAAUGGGGGGCGGGGGCCUAACUACAGGGCAGGAAACCGAUAAUAUGAUCAGGGCUGGUACAAUAGAGCGUGAACCUGCUGUAACUGGAGUGGUCAUUGGGUGAGUCUGCGAUGUAGAGGGACUGGUUUGGGGGGGGGAUGUUGCUACAUAAUAAAUUGAGUAAAUGGAAGCAACAAUAUUUACUUUUUUAUUCUUUGUUGAUGUGUCAGAAAAUAAAGCAUUUUGAGACCUUAA